AAUUGAUUAUCAUUUCUUCUUCCCGGUGUCUUUUAAAGAGCGAGAAAGCAAGAUGAAGGGUCUUGUCUGCUGCGUGCUUUUGAUGCUGGUGUGCGCAUUCAUACAAGUGCAAGGUAACUGCGAAUUUGAAGGCGAAUCUUUAUCUGUGGGAAAACACCAUCGCAAAUGCUUAACCCUUACUUGUAACGAGAACGGUUCAGUUUCAGCGCUUGCAUGUCCUUUGAUGCAAUGCGCAGAGGGACAGCAGAUCGGUUAUCACGAACUCGACAUUAGCAAACCUUUUCCGGAAUGCUGUGCCAGACCAAUUUGCAAAGAUUAGGUUUCACACAAGAAACACUUUUUCUUAAAAAUAUGCUCGAUAUCGCAUAAAUAAAUAUUGUCUUUGUCUAAAAAUCCAUCGAAAGGUAACAUUAUUAUUUUUCCACUUGUUUGUCACUUGUUGAAACCAGAUAAAAAUGAUGGCACAAUUCUUCCGCGCGAUAACGCACAACUGAGUUUGCUCGAACACACUGUUGUUUGUUAUUUUUAAUUCACAUUUUUGUCACACUUAUAAUUCUUACGUUGUAAUAAAAUUGCAAAAACA